UCCUCCACCUCUGAAAACCCCCCUCGAUAAGAGCCGGUUGCCUUUCUUGGACGCCCUCUGCGACUUGCCGAUUGUUCCGACAUUGAGCUCUCUUCCUCGGCGGCGCUUCGAAUCUUAAACUUGCAAACGAUUUUCGACUUGUUUGCACUCCGUAUUCAUAUCCGAACGAAACCGAUUUGGUCGCCAAUUGAGAAUCCAUGAUUCCGUUUUGACGACGGUCCUUCUCCCUCUCGCUCUCGCUAUCCGCCCACACAUCAUACUCUCGCCUGGCGCGAGCCUCGCCGAGUCCUCUACGACCACAACACUCGCUCUGCCACCAAUCUACGAGGCCUCCAUAAUCGCGCACCCCCAACUCAAACUCCCACCGUCACUUUCGCGCAGUCCUGGCUGUGCUGUUCUUUCGUCCGUCAUGAUGCUCGAGGAGAAAUACAUCGGCCUGGCGCUGGCCAUGUCAUCCAGUUUAGCUAUCGGUGUGAGCUUCGUGAUCACCAAAAAGGGUCUGCUGCAUGCGGAAGAACGUCACGGGUUUGAAGGUGACGGCUUUGUGUAUCUAAAGAGCCCCAUCUGGUGGGCCGGCAUCGCAACACUGGUCGUUGGGGAGAUAUGCAACUUUGCGGCGUAUGCUUUUGCGCCAGCGAUUCUCGUAACACCAUUAGGUGCGCUCUCGGUUUUGAUCGGCGCCGUGCUUGGAUCAUACUUUCUCAACGAGCAUUUGGGCACGUUGGGCAGACUCGGAAGUGCCAUCUGCCUCAUCGGUGCCGUCAUCAUCGUGCUCCACGCACCCCCCGACGAGGAAAUCGAGACGAUCGACCAGAUCUUGCACUACGCCAUUCAGCCAGGUUUUCUCCUUUACAUGACCGUUGUUACCAUCUUCGCCGUCGUCAUGAUCUACAAAAUUGCCCCUCUCCACGGGAGGAAGAACGCCCUGAUCUACUUGUCGAUCUGCUCGACGGUGGGAUCGAUAUCUGUCAUGUCGGUCAAGGCGUUCGGUAUCGCCCUGAAGCUCACGAUGGCUGGGAAUAACCAGUUCUCGCACCCUUCCACCUAUGUUUUCAUGAUCUUGACCACGGUCUGCAUCUUGACACAGAUGAACUAUUUCAACAAGGCUCUCGCGCACUUCCCCACCAACAUUGUCAAUCCCCUCUACUACGUGACAUUCACCACAGCAACGCUGUGUGCGUCCUUCAUCCUCUUCAGCGGAUUCAACACCACCGACGUCGUCACCACCUUGUCUCUCCUCUGUGGCUUCUUGGUCACGUUCACCGGAGUCUACCUUCUAAAUCUCUCGCGGUCAGAUCCGUACGGCCAUAAAAUGAUUUCUGGCCAAGGAGGCCCCGACGCCACAGGGACGGACAUGGUAUCCAGCAUCCAAACGCGUCUGAGCUUGCAAGCAAGGCGCAGCACCGACCCCAGGCACAGCAUGAGCAGCCACCACGGAGACACCACCGGCCUCAUGAGAGCGUACGAUGAAGAAGCCGGUGCCGAGUUCGGGCUGACAGAUCUUGCCGAGGAUAGCGAUGAAGAUAGCACGGGUCGCCCGAACGGCCGAGCAAACGGAAAGUCAAAAUCCCAUGAGGAGGGCAUCGAGAUGCAGACACGCCGCUCGCACGACAGGUAACCCGUUUCCUCGCUCCUGUGGGCCUUACGCCCUUCUCGCUUCCUUGUUCUGGGUCGGGCAGGGGGGAUUUCGGGUGGUUGGCUGUCUUUCUCAAUGGCGCUCGCUAUCCUUUCUCCCACGAAGGUCCGAUUUGACGUUUGCAUGUUUUCCGGGAAGAGAUCAUUGGAAGAUCAAACCGCGGGUCUCUGGCUGAGCGGCGCAGGGUUGAAUUUCACGAGACACAUGCCUUGCAAGGGAUUCUGGGGGAGGUUCAACGAUUGUCGGCCCCAGGCCUGGGAACUUUAACGAGGGGAAAAGAUGCAGGGAUCUAUUUCGUCUGGUUACUCUCCCGACUUGGCAUUAUAUAUAACCACGGACUCGGUGUUUGGCGUGUAAUGGGGGAGGCUUGAUUCAUCAGAAACCAUUUGGUUUUACUGCUCUUUUCUCUUUCUGCUUUUGCUUCUGCUUCUGCU